AUGUUCUCCGUUCUUCGUCGCGGUUUGCCGGUCUUCCCACUUGUGGCACUGACCUGUUGGGUUGAGCAGCUUGUGCGUCAGGAAAGGGAGGCGACUAAAGCAGCUGAGGAGGCAGCUAAAGCAGCAGUGGCAGCCAAGGCAGCAGAGGAAGCAGCAAAAGCGGCAGAGGCAGCAAAGGCAGCAGAAGAAGCGGCUAAAGCAGCAGAGGCAGCAAAAACAGCAGAGGAAGCAACCAAAGCAGCAGAGGCAGCAAAAACAGCAGAGGAAGCAGCUAAAGCAGCAGAGGCAGAGAAAGCAGCAGAGGAAACAGUGGCAGAUCAAGCACAGGAGACAGCACAGAAGGCAGGAGAUGUGAGUGCGGAGAAAGAGUGUGUGAUGGAGGUGAAUGGUGGCGGUGUGAAUGAGAGGGGCGAGGGAGCGGAGGAGAGGGGAGAUGUGAAAAAGCAGAACCAAGGGGAGGCCACAGGGGUGUGUGGUGAAAGCGGUGUGCUUACUGCAGCUGUUGCUGCCGACCCUGCUACUGCUGCUGCUGCUGCUGCUGCUGCUGCUGCUGCUGCUGCUGCUGCUGCUGCUGCUGCUGCUGCUGCUGCUGCUGCUGCAGGUGCUGAUGGUGCUGUGGGAGGUGAAACAGGUGUGAUAGUGGAGGAAGAAGGUGUGGGAGGAGCAGUAUUGGAGAAUGGGAAAAGGAAAUCAGACGAUAUUUUGGUUAGCGAAGAGAAGAAAGCGAGGGAGGAUUCUGGAUCAGUUGAUGCGGGAGUUGGCAAAACUGUCUUCAUAGAAGCCAGUCGGAAAGAGGAGCUGUAG